UCCAAGAAAUGGCCUUCACUGAAAUCUUCUCUGCUUUCAAGAAAUGAUGGUUGGUGGAAGCGAGGAGAUGGAGAGUAAGGUGGCUCUGUUGAGGAAUCUUGUGGAGCGGAAGGAUUCGAAUGCUAAGUACCCUCUGCUUUCCAAAAUCAAUGGCUGAUGUGGAGAAGAAGGUGGAGCUCAUGAGGAGAAUUGUAGAGCAGAAGGAUUCAGAUUCAAAGGAUUUGGAUGAUUCAACUCUCAAAAGAUUUCUGCGUGCUCGAGAUCUGGACGUUGACAGGGCUUCAAAUUUCCUGCUGAAACAUCUUAGUUGGAGAAGGGAAAACAUCCCAAAAGGUUUUAUAUCAGAAUCAGAAAUACAGAAUGAGAUUGCUCAAAAGAAGAUAUUUAGUCAAGGAUUUGAUAAGAAUGGCCGUCCUAUUGCUGUUCUCUUUGGUUGCAGACACAACCCUUCCAACAGGGAUUUGAAUGAGUUUAAGCGUUUUGCUGCAUAUAUCCUUGAGAAGUUGUGCUCCAGAAUGCAAGGGAAAGAGGAGAAAUUUACAAUCAUUGCAGAUCUCAAGGGUUGGGGGUAUUCGAAUUGUGACAUACGGGCAUACAUCGCAGCAUUAGAUAUUUUACAGAAUAACUAUCCGGAGAGACUUGGAAAACUUCUUCUUCUUCAUGUUCCAUACUUGUUUAUGAAGGCAUGGAAGAUAAUCUGCCCAUUCAUUGAUAAGAACACCAAAUCUAAGAUAAUCUUUGUUGAAGACAAGAACAAGAUGACUACCCUGCUGGAAGACAUUGAUGAGAGUCAACUCCCAGAACAGUAUGGUGGAAGGCUAAAGCUGGUACCAAUAGAGGAGUCCUAAGUCCUACACUAUGGUGGAAGGUUAAGGCUUCGUUUGGAACGAUUUUUUAACCGUUUCUUAAAGCAGAUUUCUAGUAUAAAAUUUUUAAUUUUUUACUAGAAAGUCGUUUUAAGAAGCAGUAAAAAAGCCGUGCCAAAUAAAGCCUAAGACCGGUACCUAUAGAGGUGUUCUAAGUCCCACAAUAAGAGAAUGCUCUCCAAUUGUAUUCAUUAAGAGGCUUGGUACUUGUCAACCAUAGUUGUAAUUUCAUUGGAAAGACUCUUUGUAAUAACACUUCGAAUCUAUGUGAGGCUUUCUUAAAUUACAAUAGUGUGUUCAUUA